UCUUUACGCUUUUUCAAAAGAAGAUUACCGCCAUGUAUUUCUAUUUUCGGAUUCAUGGUGGAUUGUAGAUCUGCUUCUGUUCUACUUUCCCCGCCAAAAAUACAUAGAACAACUUUCUCCAGCCAUUCCUGAGUUUGAUAUCCCCUCAUCAUGGCGCAGCAGUACUACAAUAACCAGUCUCGCGGCGGUUACAACAACGACCACCGCCGGGGGCGCAACCACGACUACGACCACAACUACAAUUACAACUCUCGCGGCUCAAAUUACGGAUACGGCCGUCGGCCGCCAAACGACAACUACUACAACCAUAAUUCUCGC